CGGCGUGCAUCACGGCAACAGUUUGCGUCUGCUAUCAGUCAAGUGUGGGCGGGCACAACAGCUGUUCGAUCUUUUCUUUGUAUUUUGGCAAUAAAACUGUAUCUGCGACGGUGCUUACAUAAACCGCCAAUGUCGCUCAGAGCAAUGAUAUGCAGGUCGAACGCUGUCGUACGGAAAGCUUUCCACGAUGCGUAUGCGGCGCACACCUCCACUUCAAUACGAGCCUCUUCGACGGGCCGUCCUGAAGACCCGUUGAAGGGAGUUCGGGUACUCGACCUGACUCGAAUACUGGCGGGCCCUUACUGUUCCAUGAUUCUUGGCGACCUAGGUGCAGAGAUCAUCAAAAUCGAAAGACCCGGUGUCGGAGACGAAACACGGAACUGGGGACCGCCUUUUCUCGGAGAUCAAAGCUGCUAUUUUCUAUCAGUAAAUAGAAACAAAAAGAGCGUAGCCGUUGACUUGAAAAGCGCUGAAGGCGUUAGUCUGAUAAAGAAGAUCGCUGGGACAUCUGAUGUGCUGCUGGAGAACUAUCUUCCCGGAAAGCUAGACUCCCUUGGUCUUGGAUACGAAGAUAUAAGGGCUGUUGCACCUCAAAUUGUCUAUUGUUCCAUAACAGGUUAUGGACAGAAGGGACCAUACAGGGAGCGUGCAGGCUAUGAUGUCAUAGCUGCCUCUAUGGGAGGUCUGCUACACAUCACAGGACCCCGUGGAGGUGAACCAUGCAAAGUCGGUGUUGCUAUCACAGACCUGGCAACUGGCUUGUAUGCUCACGGCGCAGUCAUGGCUGCACUUCUGCAGCGAAAUCGCACAGGCAAGGGACAAUGGGUCAACUGCAAUUUGUUCUCAACCCAAGUAUCUGUGCUGGCCAACAUAGCUUCCAACUACCUCAAUGCUAACCUUGAGGCCAGCCGCCAUGGGACAAGCCACGAAAGCAUUGUGCCAUAUGCUGCAUUUGAAACACUGGACGGCUACAUCACAGUGGGAGCUGCAAGUGAAGGCCAGUUCAAGAUCUUCUGCAGGGUCCUUGAUGUUAAUGAGCUCUUGUCUGAUCCUCGUUUCAAAGACAAUCCAAGCCGUGUCCAAAACAGGGAUGUCCUAGUUGAAAUUUUGAAUAAAAGGUUUAAGCUCAAGACAACAAAGGAGUGGCUGCAGCUUUUUGAAGGCUCCGGCAUACCGUACGGGCCCAUCAACACCAUUCAGCAAGUGUUUGAAGAUUCUCAGGGCAAGGAAAUGGUGGUGAAGCUUCCGCACAAGACUGCUGGCACUGUGUCCUUAGUCGGCCCUGCUGUGGAGUUCAGUGAUGGCGUGAACCAAGUUCGAUCACCCCCACCUCUACUUGGAGAGCACACAGAUGAAGUACUGUCAGAGUACCUUACUGCAGAUGAGAUCGCCAGACUUCGAGCAAUGAUGGUCAUUGCGUGAUAAGGACUUGAAAAUGUUGAAGGUUGUGCAGUUUUGCACAUAUACAUAGUGUUCUUAUAAGUACCACAUGACAAAAAAAUAACCCUGUUUGUAUAAAGGCUUCUAUUUUUAAUCUGUGUCCUGGUUCCCGACUACACAGCAUGCUACUAUACACUCUGAAGCAGCAGGAGCUUGAUGUUGGCGAGUUGGUGUAACAUAUUUGAAGAAAAAACAGCGCAAGAGAGAUGAAGACGAAAAGACAGGUACAACAGACGGGGGCUAACUUCCAACUAAAUUUUAUUUGAAGAAACAAGGUUUAUACGCAUGACAAAUGAAUUGCACCACCGUGACGUCAUGAACUAUCUAUCGCAUCAGAAAGGCAAUCUCUUUGUCAGCAAAUGCCACUGACGGGCAACUAAUGCACAUGCCCUCAGCCCUCGCCAAUGUAAAAAGCUUCUAGUAAGUCCCUCUCUAGUCUAUUUCUAGAACGUGCCAGAAACUUGGUGUGAUAAAGGUUCAGACGGCAUUUGUGACGUUUACAAUGUCCAGCCAAAUGGCCUCCCACAUUGUUACUUAUGGCCCAGUUGUUUCUUCAAAUAAAAUUUACUUAGAAGUUAGUGCCCGUCUGUUGUACCUGUCCUCUUCUUGUCCUAGUCUGUAUUGCGCUAUUUUUUUUUCUUCAAGUAUUGUACACUCAGCUGUGACUCGUAUGAAUUAGGACAACCUUUUUAGCAUACUGAAACACAAUAUUUCCGUAAGUGCACUCCUGGAGCUUCAGUUCAAUAAGCAAUUAUGCAUGUCCUUCAAAACAAUAAAGACCUUUUGAAAUUGCCACCAACCGAAAUUUAAUAUUGUAAAUAAGAUACGAGUGAAAAUAAAAUAUGGCACCCAGAGUAUCUCAACAUCACAAACAUGAUUCCAACACAAACUCAUAAUUCCCCUUGCAGUUUCUUAAUAAAUAAAUUAAUCAAAGAUCAUGCCACAUGCCAUGUGGCUGGGCGUCAGUGUAAUUUCUAUGAGAGUGUGUGCCACAUUGCACAUGCAAAAUUAUAGAAUCCUAUUCAUGAACUUAAGCACAAACUGAACAAGUGAUCUAAAGCUGCAACUGGCUUAUCCAUGGUUAACUUGGCACAAAGCCAAUGGUGUUUUGACAGCUGACUGCACUACUUCUCCAUAGGUAUUAGGAAUGCAGGAUGAACCAUAAAAUGUCUACU